AUGAAUAUUUGUGUUCUCGAUCGAGUUCAUCCAACGACAUCGAUAAAUCCGGGUCAUUAUUAUCCUAAUCGAUUGCCACUGCAGCCAUGUCCAUUUCAAAAAUUACCACCCGGCUCGAUUCGUCCGGACGGUUGGCUAAAAAUUCAAUUAAAUACACAAUUGACUGGCCUCAACGGGCGAUUAACUGAUAUAUCGGAUUAUUUAAUCUAUGAUCAAUGUGGUUGGAUAGAUUCAAAAAAGUUAGGUUGGGAAGAAAUGCCCUAUUGGUUGCGUGGUUUUGCUGAUCUUGCUUUUGUAACAGGUGAUAGUGAUGCUUUGAAAUUAGUACAACACUGGAUCGAUGGUAUUCUAAAUAGUCAACAACCGGAUGGUUGGUUUGGUCCAGAUAUUCUCCGACACUCACUUGAAGGUAAACCUGAUUUGUGGCCGGCUAUGAUAUUGAUAAAUGUAUUACGAUCGUACUACGAAUAUUCAAAUGAUAAUCGCGUUAUUGAAUUUCUUCUUAAAUAUUUUCAACUUGUUAACAAUCAAUCAAAUGAUGUAUUUAAACAUGGUUGGGCUUAUACUCGAUGGUCAGAUAAUAUUGAUUCGAUUAUUUGGCUAUUUAAUCGGACAAAUAAUACUGAUUGGCUACUCGAUCUUAUUCAUAGGAUUCAUUCAAAUGCAGCUAAUUGGGUGGACAGUCUUCCAACAAGACAUAAUGUUAAUAUUGCACAAGGAUUUCGUGAACCAGCUCUUUAUUCAGUUGUUGUUAAUCCUAGUGAUCCAAGUUUUAUUCGAGCAACUUAUAACAACUAUGAACAGGUCAUGAAUGAAUUCGGACAAUUUCCAGGUGGAGGCUUUGCUGGUGAUGAAAAUUGUCGUCAAGGUUUUUCGGAUCCACGACAAGGUUUUGAAACAUGUGGUAUUGUUGAAUUUAUGCAUAGCUUUUCUAUACUUACUCGAUUGACCGGAGACGGAAAAUGGGCUGAUCAAUGUGAAAUAUUAGCGUUUAAUUCUCUACCAGCUGCACUUGAUCCAUUUUUAGCUCGUUCUACUCAUUAUAUAACUUGUCCGAAUUCCAUUCAAUUGGACAAUAAACUAAAAACAAAAGGACAAUUUCAAAAUCUUUUUCCAAUGUUAGCAUUUAUGCCUGGUGUCUAUCAGUAUCGCUGUUGUGCACAUAAUUACGGAUUUGGUUGGCCUUACUAUUCGGAAGAAAUAUGGUUAGCUACAUGGGAUAAUGGUUUAUGUGCAUCCAUGUAUUCUGCAUCUGAAGUAACGGCUACUGUCGGUUCAGAUAGUGGAACUCAGGUAACUAUUAUUGAAGAAACUGAAUAUCCAUUUGAUGAUACAAUUAAUUUUCGUUUUCAAAUAUCAAUACCGACACAAUUUAAUCUUUAUUUACGUAUUCCUCAAUGGUGUCAACAAUCGAUUGAACUAUCCAUUAAUGGGGAAAUGAUUUUCAAUGAACAAAUACAAGCCGAGAAUUCUUUUCUAGUUUUAGACCGAAUUUGGACUAACGAUGAUGUUUUAACAUUUAAAAUACCUAUGGCAGUUGAAAUGAAAACGUGGUUCAAGAAUCAUAAUUCAGUUUCACUUUCCUAUGGACCUCUUUCAUUUUCAUUAGAUAUUAACGAAGAAUGGAAUCGUAUUGGAGGUCAAUAUGAUUGGCCAGAAUAUGAAGUAUUACCUAAAUCGUAUUGGAAUUACGGUUUAAUUUUGACAAAUGAUCAUGACUUAAUUAUUGAGCGUCAAAAGAAAAAAAAUGACCGUCUUAAUCCAUUCAUCCGUACGAAUGUACCUCUGCAGCUUGAAGUUCGUGCUCGACGUAUUCCUAGUUGGAUAGCAGAUGAUCAAAAUGUAGUCGGACUUCUACCACAGUCUCCAGUUGCAAGUUCUGAACCUGACGAAUUGAUUAAACUAAUACCGAUGGGUGCAGCUCGUCUUCGUAUUACAGCUUUUCCUACAAUAGCUCCAUAA